GCGAAGAAAAUGUUGAAAUUCUGCCAAGGAAUUCCACUGGCAAUUAUUGCACUUGGAGGUCUUUUGGUGACCAAGAAAACACCAGAAGAGUGGGAAACCCUUCUCGGUUUCAUGAGUUCUCACGAAAAUGGGAAGAAUAACCAACAACAAUCGUAUGAAAAAGUUAUGGAAAUAUGCUACUAUGCUUUACCAUAUUACCUCAAAAAUUGCUUGCUCCAUUUAGGUGGCUUUCCAAAAGAUUUUGAAGUACCUAAUAAGAAAUUGUGCAACAUGUGGGUAGCUGAAGGCAUCGCGGUGUUAGCAAAUGGCGAAGUUUCUAGGGGAGAAUCAUUGGAUGAUUUUGCUGAAAAUUGCUUAAGUGAGUUGAUGCAAAGAGGUUUGGUUCAAGUAUGGAAAAGGAAAACAUCAAAUGGUAGUGUAAAAUCUUGUAAAUUACAUGCUCUUAUGAGAGAAUUAUGCUUAAGAGUGUUCAAAGAUGAAAAUUUCCUAAGCAUAUUGGACUUUGAUUCUAAGGAACUAGUGCUAAAUGGAAAAACACGCCGAUUGGCUAUAUACUUGGGACAAGAAGGUAAGGAUCAGAUUGUACUUCCCCAGAAAAAUCCUGUUCUUAGGUCUCUUUUGUUGUUCCCUUCUCAAAAAGAGAGACCGGAAGUAAAUCAUGCAUCGGUUAAAGUCCUUUGUCGAGAGUCUCAAUUGAUUCGCGUCUUAGAUCUUGAAGGAGUUGUAGUAAGUUCUAAGACUUUGCCUAAGGAAAUUGGGGACUUUAUUUUUUUGAGGUACUUAAGCUUGAGGGAUAUGCUUCUUACAAAAAUACCACCAACAAUAGGUUGUCUAAGGUGGCUCGAAACACUUGAUUUAAGAGCUAAGGUAAGGCUCGAGAUACCUAAUGUUUUAUGGUGUCUCGAAAGGCUAAGAAAUCUAUACCUACCUUGCUAUUUCACUAUCAAAGAUUCUGAGAAGUUGAGAUUGGAUAACUUGAAGAACUUACUAACACUGAAGAAUGUGAACCAUUUCUUACUCGAAGAUGUGCUUUCGAUGAAAAAACUAAGAAAAGCCUCAGUUCGAUACAUGCUUGAGAACGAGCACAUUGAAUUCAUUCAGAAAUCUCCUAAGGUUGUGUUUAGCCUUACUAUCUUUAGAGCUAUAAUUGGCAAAGAGCAUGUAAACGCGUUAAUAAGUUUUGCUAACUUGAUCAAACUUGAGCUAAAAGGAGAGGUAUCAGUACCAAUACAUGACCUCAAAUUUCCUCCGAAUUUGAAGAAGUUGGUCUUAGAUUUUUGUGGGAUUAUGCAAGACCCAAUGCCGGUCCUAGAAAAGCUUCCUAAUUUAACAAGCCUUUGCCUUGAUCACCAAGCUUAUGUAGGGCAAAAGAUGAUUUGCUCUGCUUCGGGUUUCCCUCAGCUUACUUACUUGAGGCUUCAUGGCCUUAAAAGUUUACACGAGUUGAACGUCGAACAUGGUGCCAUGCCGAAUCUUAAGUACUUGGAGGUACGAAUUUGUGAACGAUUGACAAAGAUUCCUGAAGAUCUUCCUGAGCAGGUUCAAAUUACACAUAUUUGACAGCAUUUUGGGGAGUUUUGCAAAUGAUGUUGUUUGGUACUUUAUGAUUAAUUUUUGGUUGUACAAUUUUCCUGCUGUUUUUUCCCUUCUGUUUGGUGUUUUUGUGUUUGUACACACUUGAUUGAAAUGUCUUUUGAUAUCUGUACUACUUGUAUUAAAAAGGAGUUUUGGAAGAGUUAUUUGAUUGUCUAGAGCAACUCCAAGGCUUUUUCAAGCACUUUUUUCAAAACAUCUUCUACUCUGUAUGAUG